CAUUUAAUAAAAAUUGCUUUCUCCAUCGAUCGAUUAACUAAAAUUAAUUAAAACUUCCGGAGAGCAACCCUAUGGUGUUUUUUACGUCUUCUAAAUUAUUGACCAAAAGGCGGAACGAUAGAAGUGCGCGCAUGGCCUUUAGGGUACUCUAUUUUGAUUUAUAAAGUUCUUAGGAGAGUUCUCAUUUCAUUCACGAGUUUGAUGACGAAAUAAGGCACCGAUAAUUCAUUUAUCCUCCGGAAUGGGUACGAUACAGGUGAUCUUAUUAUUAAUAACUGUUAUCAAUUUCGGAGAUCCCGCAUUUGGGCAAAGCGACUCACUAAAAAGUGCACUAAAUGCGAUAGAUCGACGUACAAAAGAUUUGUCGGAAUAUGAAGACGAAUACGGUUAUUCAGUUGACAGACCCGAUGAUACAGUCUUCCUAAAUAAUCCAGAUCGCAGAUUCGACAGAGCCGAGCCGAUAGGAAAACCUUUAGUCGACUAUUUAGACGAUGAUAGUUUUGAACCAGUCACCAAACGAAUUUCGACUGCAUUCAGAGAGAGGCUGGAAGAAGAUAAACAAAGGCAAAUGGAGGAGUUGGCCAGAAACCUAUUAUCUAAUCUUGAAACCAAUACAAUAGCCGGCAACGCUGAUGAUGAUUACCUCCGUCAGCUGUGGGAAAGAUACUAUGGAAACGAGGUUAACUCUUACAAUUACGCAACCGGUCCAGUCAAACGUUAUUAUCCUUCUUACGGCAUAGAAAAUAUUGGACUUAGGAAGCGGGGCAGAUAUGUGGAGAACGACGAUGAACCUCUUUAUACCGUGCACCACCACGUUCCCAGAGACGAUGACACAGAUUACCAAGUGAAUCUUAGAAAUCGAUAUUUGCAAAGGGCGAGCAACUUCGGCCAACCGCGUUACCCGCAUUCGAAUAAAAGGUUCUCUGUCACGAAACGAUCGAGCAAUUACAUACCGGGUGAACGCAAACGAUCGGUCAAAAAGCAAACCGACCCGAAAGUCGAAAAAGACUUGAGCAACAUUUUCGGCAAGCAAAAAAGCGACGACGAGAAAAACGCUACUACAGAAAAGCCAAAACUCGAGAUAAAUCACGAAGAAGUUCUCAAGAAUGUCGAAAAGAAAAGCGUAAAUAAAGAAGUGGAUAUUAAUAAGGAAGUGUUUUCUCCCGUCGAUACGCCCAAUAAUAAACCAAAGCAGGCGCAAAAAAAAGCCAUCGAUUGGUCAGAUUAUUUUGGUCUCGAUAGACGUAAGAAAUCCGAAAAUAGCGGCUUAGACAAAGAAUGGCUGGUUGAACGUUUCCAUAAAGCUGUUGCCAUAACUGCCAAGAAAAGAAACGCCGAACCAUUGCAAUCCAUUCGGAAUCACGCCGCAAAAGGAAAAAAAGAAUCCAGUGAUACGAACCAAUUGAAAGAAGAACAAAGAAUCGAAGAUAUCGAUGCCAAAUUGAAAACCAUGGAAGAUAAAAUCGUCGACGAUGCAUUGAAAUAUACAGGAGCCCAUCAAGAUGACGGCGAUUCUAGAGAAAUACAAGAAGUUAAAGACAACAUAAUUUCUCGUCUAGCGGCCGCUUACAGUUUGGAAAAAAUGCGCAAUGCCUUAGAAGAGUACAAAAACGCCAUUGCCAAUGAAAAGGCACGAUUGAAGCAAGAAGGCAAAUUAUUUGACGACUAUUUAUAUGAAGAAAAGCGCGUGUCUGUGCCUAGAAAAGAAGCGGUCGAUGACAGCAGAGAUACAACUGAUGGAGAUAAUAAUAUCAAAUGUACAUCGUCCGAGGAUUGCCACGAACAAAAUUACAAAACUCCCGCCGAAAUUUUGGAUAGUCACUUUGCCAAUAUAGAUCAAUGUCCAGCAAUUCAAAGAGCUUGCAACGAUGUAGCCUCAAUUAUGGGUCAUUUUGGUCACGUGUUCGAGAGAGCAUGCAAUAUCCACCAGAUGUGUCUCCUAUGCAGCGAUAAUAGUUGGUUCUCUCCGACUCGCCAGUGCAACACGCUAUUCCUAGAUAAGGCAUACGACUUGUGCAAAGGCAAAGAAGAAUGUCAAAAAGAGGCCCAACGUUCCAUUCGUUAUAUGUUAGAUAUUAACAGGUCUCUUCAAGCCCAAUCUUCCGUGGCAGAAGAAUGUGAAAUCGCAUGCCCGGAUAACCAUCAGCCGGUAUCGCAAUAACUGUCAUUUUAAGGAUCCUUAUUGUAUACCGAGAUUUUAAAGCAUGUCAAAACAAAUCGACUUAUGUAUCUUCCGUCUGUCCUUCAAAGUAAAAAGGAACACUUUUCUAGCUCUGUGUAUAAAAAAAAAGCAUUAUCAUUAAAAUUUAGAAAACAGAAUAAUUAUAAAUGUCUAGCUGUUGCUUUCAAAACUGUUAACUGUUAAAUCUGUAAGGUAAGAUCGCAUCGCUUCAAACCCAAAACGAACAUCUAACGUGUUUUGAGCGAUCAGCAAAAUGAAGUAAUUUAAAAAAUAUCUUUAAAUUUUAAAAAAAGAAUAGAACACGACGUGAAAAAUUGUAUAUCGAUGUACUCAUAGUUUAGAAAAACACAAUGUACUAGGAGAGAAUUUUAACAGCGAGUUGCGAAGAUAAUAAAAAAAUUAUUUUGGUUGGUAAAACGACCUCAUUUGCUCUGUAAUAAUUGUGACAAUAAUAUAUCAAAUCCAGAAUAUCAAUUCAUUACAGGGUUCCGAUUGAUUAUUAAAAAAUGCGGUCGUUUUGAAUGGUUUAUUUAUAACGCGAGGAGAUUGAAAUGACUGUUUCUAGACUAUACUAUUUCAAUAU